CUACACUGCAUACGGAAUGGAGGCGCGAAAGUUUCGCGUGUAUGGCAACGCCGACUCGUUUUUCCAAACACGAAAAUAUUUUACUAUCGUCGUCCGCGUACUGCGAUCUUUUAGUAUGCUCGGUGAAAAUAUUUUUAAAAAUUAAAAAUUGAAAACAAUUUUGGCGGUUAACGGAUACCAUUGAAACCGCCAAGGAAAUUCCAUGAACGGUCACCACCAAUACCAGCACCAGCAGCAGCAACACCACCACCAGCGGCAGCGUCUACUGGAGCAGCAUCGGCGACUCCUAGAGCAGCAACAGCGACGUCUCCCGCAACAGUGCAGCCGACUUCCACCAGCCGCCGCCCCCGAAGAAGUAUCGCCCAAUCCUGUGAUUCUUCCUGAACAGCGGCCGCCGCCGAAAUACCGACCACGAAUCGUGCAUCUCGCCAAUGAAGACGCGCUCUCGGCGGCGUUGAUUGCCGACGGUUACCGGUUGGGCUCGACCGUCGGCCACGGGUCAUACAGCAAAGUCCGGAAAGCGUUCUGGGCGGCGCCGGCGUCGUCGUCGUCGUCGGCCACGGCUCGGGUGGCGUGCAAGGUGAUCAACAAGCGGCGCGACCCCGGCACUUCGUCGUACGUGCGAAAGUUCUUGCCCAGAGAACUGGAAGUGUUGCGCACGGUUCGGCACCCGAACGUGGUCAGUACGCACCGGAUAUACGUGACGCCGUACACCGUGCACGUGUUCAUGGACUACUGCGAGAUUGGCGACCUACUCAGCCACAUGCAGCACGUCAAGACCAUACCGCAGUGGCAAGCGCACACGUUCUUCAGGCAGUUAUGCGAGGCCGUGGAUUAUCUGCACCGAAAAAACAUCACGCACCGGGACAUAAAAUGCGAAAACGUACUAUUAGAAAGCAUGCAGACGGUCAAGUUGACCGAUUUCGGGUUCGCCAGGUUGUGCGCGGAUGAGCGAGGCCGGAGACUAAUGAGCCAGACGUACUGCGGCAGUUCGUCAUAUGCUGCACCAGAAGUGCUACAAGGCAUACCGUACGACCCGAUUUCCUACGACAUGUGGGCACUGGGAGUUGUGCUAUAUGUGAUGCUAUCCGACGCUAUGCCAUUCCCUCACUCUAACCGACAGCAGAUCGUGGCCAAUCAGAUAGCUAAAAAGUUCUCCAGACCCAAGAAACCAGUGUCCCGAGAAGCGAUGAAACUUAUCUCGAUUAUUUUAGAGCCAGACGUUAAUAAAAGAGCAACCAUGCAUCAAGUAAAACAUCAUCCAUGGGUUAAACAACAAAAUCCAUAUCAUACUCAUUAAACUACCAAAAGAAUUCACAAGUUAUACGUUCCAUAAAUAUAUCGAAAUAGAACUAUAAAAGGCCAGAACUCAGGAAGUAGGUACUUAAUUAAAUUUCAUAGUGAAAUCCAAAUUCUUUAAAAUUAAAUAUCUAAACUUAAAUACAAGUAAAAAGAAGCACUUAUCCCCAUAUAUACUAGCUAUGCCCAAGAGGACCCAAUACAAUAUUAAAUGUAUAGGUACAUAAUGUACACUUUUUAUAAUAAACUUAAAAUUUUGAGUCGA